UGCGCAUGUACGCUCCAGUCAAACCGAGCAUUGCAUCGAUUCCAAGAUGGCGAAAGCACGUCUGGCUUGUCUCCUGACUCUCCUCUCAACUCACUGCUACUUCAGUGUGCUGUCAGUGGUACUGAGGACGAAUAACGAAUCGCCAUGGACCGACGAGUUCGACAAAAUUGAGUUAUCGUGUUUGAUUGAGUCCAUUUCUACAAGCAAUCCCAGAAUUGAAUGGAAGAAGAUCACAAACGGGGGACCGAGUUAUGUGUACUUUGACAAGAAGAUCUCAGGUGACCUGGAGAACAGAGCAGUGAUCAGAGAACCUGCCACAUUAGUGAUUACCAACGCCACACGAUCGGACACAGCUAAAUAUCGCUGUGAGGUCACUGCCGCUGAUGAUCAGAAGUCAUUUGACGAGAUUGUGAUUGACCUUGUUGUAAGAGUGAAGCCAGUGGUGCCAAAAUGCAGUGUCCCCAAAUCGGUGCCUUUCGGGAAGCCAACUGAGCUGAGCUGUUUGGAGGAGGAUGGUUUCCCGAAGUCUCAGUACCAGUGGUUCAAGAACAGGGAGGAGAUUCCAGACGACCCGAAGACAAGCCUCAAGUUCUUCAACUCCUCAUACAUUCUCAACGCAGAAACAGGAACUAUGAAAUUCAUCGCAGUCAGAAAAGAAGAUGCAGGGGAGUAUUUCUGUCGAGCGAAGAACGACGCUGGAUACUCUGAGUGUCUACCCCAGAUGAUGGAAGUUUAUGAUGUUGAUUUGUUGGGGAUUCUACUGGGAGUGCUGGUGGUGGUCAUAGUGCUGCUGUGUAUAACAGUGGGGAUCUGCUGUGCAUACAAGCGAGGCUACUUCUCCAGCCAAAAACAGGCAGGAAACAAUUACAAAGUUCCAGCCAAAGGAGAUGGAGUUGACUACGUCAGGACGGAAGAUGAGGGGGAUUUCCGACACAAGUCGUCAUUUGUGAUCUAAGGAGGGAGAGGACGGUGAGGGGCAUUGUGCUGAGUGAGAGACGUGACGUGUGGGACCGCGCUCCACGCUGUCUGACCACGGAGCUGCCACAGUUCAUGCUCUCUGCUCUCAGCAUGACAGAAAUCCAACCACUCAAGUUUGCCAAAGGUGACAAGAUUUCACAGAACAACAUGUAAAACAGGCGGGGUGAAUUGUCAACUUCUCUUCUGCUAAAUUAUGGAGCUCUUACUUUACAGUUACUGCAUGGUUUUCAACACUAAUCGAGGUGGAGAAAAGGGUUCGGCUCUUUGUUCUGUGAGGUCGAAAAAGAGGCGUCUCUCUCUCUCCUCCACAGUCAGUCUAUCGUGACGCGUUUCUACUGUAAACUUCUAGCUUCAAACCUUUUGUCAUUUGUAAAACGUUAUUUUCUACUGUUGAAAUUUGUCAGACUAUUUUUGAUGGAAUAUAUUUUAAAAUGCCUAUAGAUAAAGGUUUACUUUUAUAAAUAUUUGUAAAAUACUAACAUGUGUUUUUUUUAUUAUUAUUAUUAUUUGGUUGUGGAUGUAAAGAAAAUGUGUUAUACUUUAACCACUUUGCAUCAAGCAUUUACACCUUUGCAAUCAGAGCAAAAGAGAGACAAACUGACUUGUAUUAGCAUAUCCAGAUGUGCUUCUUGAUCAGCAGUCUUACAUAUUUAAUUUCUGUGCUGGGAAGGUCCGGUUUCUGUAGUGAGAGACUUCCAUGUUGAUGUUUGUAGAUAGUCUUAGGAAGAGGCUUUGAAGAGUGCCAGUCAAAUGCUGUGAAACACUGUCCACAAUCAGUGCUGCGUUUUCUUCUGUUUAAGUGUCCUUCUAUGCUUGCUGUUCAUCUUGUAUAUAUUGAACUAAUAACCAGGUUAGAGUUUUGCUGUCAUACAUAUGUUCAGUAUUACACUAUAAUAACAAUAAUUAUAAUAUUCAUAAUAAUACAAAUAAUGAUAAUACAGGGUUUGCAAGUUAACCCUCCAGAUCCCACAAAAACAAAUUGUUCUUUGAGCAACAACACAUGGUACUUGUGAACUUCACAGUGUAACAGCCUCUAUGAGAAUUCUAAAUGAAAACAGAUUGGAUGAUCACAACUCCGAGCGUUCAGGACCAGGUUGAUUUAUUAUUUGUAAGCUGGAAUUAGAAGAGGUGCCACCAACAUCAGUGAAAAGGUUCCACCUCUUCAGUAGACACAUAGUCAGGCACACCAUCUUCUGCCACCUGAAUCCUGCGGCAUAUCCUUCUGAUGUCCAAUUAGUUUUUACUAAUGCUUCAUUAGAGUAGAGCUUGUGUAACAUGUCUGACCUUGAGUCAGUUAGAUGUAAGACAUUAAAUGAUGAGGCUCGUAUUUGUCAUCUCUCUCUGAAGCUGAAGGCUCUCAGAAGUGACCCUACACUUGAGUGGUACAGUGAUAUACAGCCGUGGUCUGGAGGGUUAACACUUGUACUGAUUGUAUAUAGAUUUCCUCUCUCUUUAUCAAGAUUAUGUAAAGUGGUGAAAAAUAAACACUUCCUAUUUGAGGCGAUAUGAAACUCUUUCCAUUGGUAAGGCUGAGAAAAGGUAACAUCCUAUCAUAUAUUCAUACCACAUGAAGAUGAGCAGCGCGGCAGAUUCACGAUUCCACAACUGUAUCAGUUUAAUGAGGUAUUCAGAACAAACUGCUCACGUCUUCAAAGUUAUAUUAUUUUUUGGCUUCUAUUAUUUUUAUCUAUAAUUUUCAACAUAAUUUUCUGCCGUUAUUAAGGUUUCAUAGCAAAGUUUGAUAAAAUGUUACCUGAGUACCAGUCAUGGUUGAGAAGAUCAGCCCAACAUUGCACAUAGGAAAUUGUCAACACUGCUCAGUCUUUUUUUUUUUUUCAAGUUAAUAUGUUGCACUAUAAACCAAGAGAAAGAAACAAUGUAUCAUGAUACAUAAACUUCAUCAAUGACUCCUGUUACAGGUCCAUUACAGUUUAUGGUGAGGUACAAAUCAUGCAGCACCAAGAUGCAUCAAGUCCUCUUCUUCAUUUCUACAAAUGUCAUUCCUCUUAAGUGCCUUCAGCCUUUAACAUCAUCACAGUUUCUCUGUGCUCUCUCCCUUUUGUACAUUUCUACAACGCUGUCAGGCUCGAUGUUUGGCUUCAUUUAACCACAGCACGUUCGGCGUUUGAGAGGAAUGAUGCCACCGCUAAAUUAACACCUACCGUCUUUACAUAUCUGCAAUUUUUGUAAAUAGUUUUUGUUUUCAUAGAUUUGAAGGUGCAGACACAUUGAAGUAGAAAUAUAUUAGUGCCUAAAUAUAGUCGGAAUCAUUUUUUUGGUAGAGACACACGGUACUAAGGCUAAAGAAAAAAAGAAUUCCCCAAGUGGCAGUGUUUAUAUGAUCUCUGGGUUAUAAAAAUAUAGCAGUAUUUUUUCCAUUUAUAGCACCAGUAGUGUGGGGAGUUUUAUUUUGAAAGCCGCCGCUGUGCCACUACUUUCAGAGUUGCAGUGUCUCACAACUGUAUUAUUCAAGUUCUAUAAACCAGAGUUCAUGCAACGAGUCAACUACACACAGCAAACAGGGACCCAUGUGAAGCAGCUACAUGUCAGCCCCCAUCUCCCCCUCACAUAGUCCUGAACGUGUGCGUGCUAAGACGUUGUCAGGCAGAGGUGAAUGAGAUUAUAUUUGCAUCACACAUGGUGAGAGGGUUUCCAAAGUUGUUCUGUGUUUGGGGCCACGUUAAAGCAAGAUGAUUCACCUUCGUCUUUUUGCUCAAUGAAGGCAGCGCUCCACUGAACCAGCACUGUUACUGGUACAUGUAAGAAAACAGGAUUUUCUGAAUUUAACUCACACACAGUGGAAUGACCCUUGAGGGCCUGCUUUUUGUUCUUUAUUCUUUUAGAACCACUCAAUUUGUGAUUAAUAAACUCACUUCCUGUGUUACUGGU